AUUAAUAUAAUGGCAUAUUAAAUAAUUUAUGAAAAGAAAAAUUAUCGUGCUUUUUUUAAAUAUUAUUAUUUUUUAUUCUCGAAAAACUUAUCUUAUUAAACCUCAUUUGCCUUUAUAUAAAAGCGAAAUAUUUUUUUUUUUCUUUGAAGAAAAUUGGAUUUACCUUAUACUUAUCUCCUGCAUGUAUUAUUCUCAAUUUGGCUAAUAAAGGCAGGCAUAUCCCGACAUUCUGUAAUACAUAGUUGUUUUUGAUUCCUGUGUAUUUUUA